AUGGCGACAAAAUCAAACUAUGGCUGGCUGCAAGGAAGGACAGUGAGGAAAGGCGGUCACUCUUCGUCGAACUCCCAUACGCGAUCCAGUACGCCACAGGUCCAGAGCACGUCAACAACAAUAUUUGGAGGAGGAAUUAAGGAUCCUUCAGGGAGAACUUCAGAGUAUUUUUCAAUGGACGACCAAUGUCCGGUUUGCAAAAGUGACCGUUAUCUGAAUCCCAAGCUACGAUUGCUUUGCAAUAGGUGUGAAUCAUGUAUAGACCGUUUAUUUACUCUCGGUCCCGCGCCAUGUCCAAUUUGUAACAAAGUCCUGAGAAAGCUAGCUUUCUCUCCGCAAACGUUCGAGGAUCUCGGAGUAGAGAAAGAGGUAGCAGUGAGGAGGAGGAUAGCCAAAGAGUUUAACAAGCGUUUGGAAGACUUCGAUGACCUUCGUUCGUACAACGACUACCUAGAAGAAGUGGAAGACAUUGCCUUCAAUCUCAUCAACAACAUCGAUAUCCUUGCUACCGAAGCUCGAAUCGCAGCUUACAAAGCUGCAAACGCCGCCCUCACAUCUCUCAACCUACAACGGGAGGAAGCGGAAGCGCUCGCGCUGAAGGAACAAGAGGAUUUGGAACGGCGGGAGCGCGAAGCGCGCGCUGCUCAGCUAGCUCAACAGGAACAGCAAGAACGUGAUGAGCGUCAACGUGAGGAACGGGAACUAAUCGACAAACUCGAGACGUCACAGAAAGACGCACAUAAAAUCGUUGCAAAAUCUCGUAUCGCUGCAGCAAAACGUUCCUCGGCUCGGGCGGCGUCAUCAAGUGCUAACUCUGGAUUGCUUGGAAUGUCGUUUGGUGCUGAUUAUGCUAAAUUGCUGAAAACUAGGACAAACAAAGUCACCAACAACGUCCCGGAUGAGCCUCAUGUACCAUUUCAAGACGAUUGGUAUGCUUAUGAUGACCUUUACACGGUCAGAGUAGAUGGGUAUGAUGAUAUAAUUAGUGAAGCCGUCAGAAAGGAUCGAGAAGGUAUCAUGAGGGCUGGAGGUUACAAAGUAGAGGAGGCCUGGAAUCGGGCUUUGUUAACUGCUGUAGCAGGAUUAAAUAUUGUUCCGUUAUCUGGGUCGGAUGAGCCGAAAUCGUUGGGAGAUGCAGACGUGGUGAUGGAUUCAGUCUGA